AUGCAGCCUGCGUUGGCUCCAGCGCCGCAUCCCAGUAUGCAGUCUUCUGCUCAGGACCAUGCGGAUCAGGUGCUCCAUGAUCAGCUCCUCGCGGCUCAGCACCAGCUGCAACAGGGUCGCCCUCAGGGUGGGCCCCCACCACAGCAUCUGCAGCCCAACACCGCCAGUCCCCGCGACCAGGCCAAUAUCGACCCCGCUAUCUCGGGAGCUGCUAUGAUGAAUGCGGCUCCCCAAACACCCACGCAGCCUCAUCAAGGGUCGCCUGAAGAUGGCAGUUCGAAAUCAUAUGGCAAGCGCGAGCUGUCAACGUCCAAGCGAGCUGCUCAAAACCGCGCUGCUCAGCGCGCUUUCCGCCAACGAAAGGAAACAUAUAUCCGCAAGCUUGAAGAAGAAAAUAAGCAAACAGAAAGUAUUCGCGAGCAGCUUAAGCACCUGAUCAGCGAAAAUUACUCUUUGCGGGAGUACGUGAUUAACCUCCAAUCUCGCCUGAUGGAUGCGCAGGCUGAGGUUCCUGACCUUCCCCCAAACAUCGACCUGAGUCAACCCCCUCGACAUGAACUCGCUCUUGCCGCCGGUCUCGCCGGGCCCUCCACUGCCAGCCAACAGCCCCAUCAUCCCGGCUCAGCAACCGACGAUAUGAACUCUCUCAACCGCAUCGCCGUAGCCGGUCUCGGUAUGCGCAAGCACCCCGACGACGGAAACUUUAUGGGCAACAAUUUUCAGCCUAACAAACGAGUCCGCGGCGACGAGGGCCAGGAUGGUGCCGACGUUGUCGCCAAGCAGGAAGGUCACCUGCCAAUGGCUUAA